AAUAAAUCCUGUAAGCACAAAUAAAAUGUCUAAGGGGACUGAAACCUAUGAUAGCUCUUCGAGAAAUACACCAGAUGUUCUCAUGUGUCGGUCUCUCUGCACGUCAUCCAUCCGGAUGAGUCUGCUGUUAAGACAGGGUCCGGUGCGUGUUAUCCGGUAACUCACAGCGUGCCUGUUGGUUGGUGGGCUUUCAGUCAUCUUCCCAUUGGAGGCUUAGCGCGUCACGAUGAGGGCGGACAGCGGUGUGGACCACACAGCCUGUGUCCGGGGAGGGUGAAGGUGCCGCCUAAAAGCGUGCCGAGUUAUUGGAUACGUGUUGUUGCUAGGGGCGUGGGUUGUGCCGUGAAAUGUUCUAGUUUCCCCAAACCUGAAAGAGAUGAAAUUGAAGAAGAAAACAGUAUUAUCAGCUGGAACGACAGAUGCGCUGAGAGCUGUGUGCUCCGACGACGUGGGGCAAGCUGUGCCGCAGUGAGCAUAAUCUGAUAAGCGCUUGUGUCCAUCCUGCACUCGGCUUCAGGACGACGCAGGAGAGGAAAAAGUAUGUGCGGAGUGUGAGGAUAGAUGAAAUUAUGCUGAGAUCACACUUCUCGGAGCUGAUUCACAUUUUCACCCGGAACACCUGCUGUAUAUUUGCAUCCACCGGAGUCCGUCUCGAUGACUGCCGCGCACUUGCUUGUCCCGUGAUGUGUCUUUGGAGGAGCCGGUGCGUGCCACGGUCUAAACAUCCCCGCCUGUCCACUGUAGGCCUAUAGAACAGCUAUUUGUCUGCGGAACAAAUCACAGUUUUAUAGUAGGCGCUGGAUCUUAUGCAAUGUGGUCGAAACGGAUUUCGUGAGCUCAUAGGUUAAACUGACAGCGACAUCAGGCUUAGGUCGCCUUGCUCUGUGCUGUACUGCAGCAAGGUGGACCACCGGGGCGUGAGGUGAGGUGGCAAGGAGCAAUGCACGCAUCCUCCCCGCUGGCCAUUUUUUGGGGGAUGUUUUGUGUCCCGAACAAACAAAAAACCUAAGGCCAUACACCCUGAACUGGCGAACUGCGUCACCGUGUUGGAGUGUUGCAGGUAAGCAGCGAACUCUUCCACCGCUACGAGAGAGCGGCUCAUCAUCCUCCAGAAACAAUGUCGCCGGUGAGUGUUUAACAGCGUAACCGGGAUGGAUUCGGUGGAUUCAAGCAAAGAUCCGCCACUGGGAUCCACGUUUUCCUCAGCACCUAAUCUGGACUCGGACAUUAAUGCAAAUGCUUGCAGGCCUGUGUAUGAGAAUGGUACAGACCACAAUGUCAACAUACAAAACACAGCCCUGCGUGGAGCAAGUGACCCCAGCUCAUACCCUUCCACAGACUACCAGGUGCCGGUCCGCCACAGGUUUAUUCGGCGGAGUCAGUGGUUGUCAGACUCCGAAGAGCCGCCGGUGGACACACCGGAGUUCGUCAACAGCAGCCCGGCACUCAACAUCGACCUGCGAACCAUCGUUGACAGAAGUCGGGCGCGGGUUCUGCACGCGACCCGCCUCCAGGAGACCUCGAGCACGGAGAGCCAGGUGGGCCUGAAAGACAUGGCCACAGAGAGCGUGAACGCGGACGAGGAGAAGGGAGGCAGGAGCGAAAGCGAGCCCAAGGCAGAGGUCGUGCCCUCCGAUGUCACAGGUAAAGCAGGAAGUGACGAAAACGAAGAGGAGCCCGGAAUGAAGGCUGUGGCCACCUCGCCUGGAGGGCGCUUCCUCAAGUUUGACAUCGAGCUGGGGAGAGGGUCUUUCAAAACUGUCUAUAAAGGUCUCGACACCGACACCUGGGUCGAAGUGGCCUGGUGUGAGCUUCAGGAACGGAAACUGUCCAAAGCAGAGAGACAGAGAUUCAAAGAGGAAGCAGAAAUGCUAAAGGCUCUCCAGCAUCCCAACAUUGUGCGAUUUUAUGACUUCUGGGAAUCACCCGUCAAAGGGAAAAAGUGUAUUGUUCUGGUGACAGAGCUGAUGACCUCAGGAACACUAAAAACGUAUCUGAAGCGCUUUAAGGUCAUGAAGCCUAAAGUUCUUAGAAGCUGGUGCAGACAAAUUCUCAAAGGCCUCCACUUCCUCCACACUAGAACUCCUCCGAUCAUCCACAGAGACCUUAAGUGUGACAACAUCUUCAUCACUGGUCCUACGGGCUCUGUCAAAAUCGGAGACCUGGGCCUGGCAACUCUAAAGAGAGCCUCUUUUGCUAAAAGUGUUAUUGGCACUCCAGAGUUCAUGGCUCCAGAGAUGUAUGAGGAGCACUAUGACGAGGCCGUGGAUGUCUAUGCCUUUGGGAUGUGUAUGCUGGAGAUGGCAACAUCUGAAUAUCCCUACUCUGAAUGUCAAAAUGCUGCUCAGAUCUACCGCAAAGUGACCAGCGGGGUGAAACCUGCCAGCUACAGCAAAGUCCGCGACCCAGAAAUUAAGGAAAUAAUCGGGGAGUGCAUCUGUCACAGAUGGGAAGAAAGGUACUCCAUCAAGGACCUCCUGAAUCACGCCUUCUUUGCAGAGGACACGGGUGUGAGGGUGGAGCUCAAUGAAGAAGAUGAUGGGAAAAAAGCAUCCAUUGCUCUAAAGCUGUGGGUCGAAGAUCCUAAAAAACUGAAGGGGAAAUACAAAGACACUGGUGCCAUUGAGUUUACCUUUGAUUUGGCGCAUGAGGUCCCAGAAGUUGUUGCCCAAGAAAUGGUGGAUUCAGGUUUCUUUCUGGAUUGUGAUGUGAAGAUCGUUGGAAAGUCUAUCAGAGAUCGUGUAGCUCUAAUCAAAUGGAGGAGGGAGCGGACUGUCUCACCAAAUGGAAACAGCGAGACACCCGUGAAGAAAACUCAGCAGAACCUCCUGCAGGUUCCCAGUACAGGGAUGCCACAGGGAGCUGCAUUAGCUACUACAGAUUAUGAAGACCAAGAGUCAGAGCAGCAGACUCUGAUCUGCACCGUCCCCGCUGCCACAUCUACCACAUCUGACAGUGGAGUGAGCUCCACCAUGCAAUUAGAUGAGCUAAACAAUCAGCAGAAUGGCCCCUACCCAACGCUUCAAGAGCCUGUUACCACAACUCAGAUUAUCUACAGUCCUCCUGCACAGACUGACCCUCAGCUGCGCCAGGGGCCCUACCAGCAGUCCACUGCACAGUCUGCGCAGUUACACCAAGGAGCGUACCAGCAAACCACAGGCCAGCUGCACCCUGGGACCUUUCAACAACCUGCAGCACAACUGCACCAGGGGCCUUAUCAGUGUCAAACACGUCACUACAGUGAUCCCUUUGUAUGCCAUGAGAACCUGCUCAUCACUGAAAGUACUAUGUGUCUUAGGCGUGGCAGCGCCUCCAUGGUUGAGAUGGUACAGUGUAGGAUGCAAUCGCUAACUAAGACGACUCCACUCCGCUGCUUGUGUCCCUUACAGGAAGUGUCUUCGGCAAAUAGGACAGAGAGUCGAGUGCACGAUACAAACUGCCUGUAUGCUAACUCUGCCGAGAAACCAUCAUUGUUAUCGCCUUUCUUGCUCCCCCAUCAACACUCUCAUCAUGACUCAGCAAGUCAUUUCGAUUCACCUCACCUUCCCCUUAAUUUACAACCUCCUGCAGAGCUGCCUCCAAGUGUCCCACGCAGCCCAGGGCCUCACCAUCACUGCCAAGCUUGCAUGUCUCUCCUCUGCAAGGACAGGACAAAAGGAGGUGGAUCACUGGGACACAUACACAAACGCACUGUCACCACAUCCACCCAGUUUGCUCCAGUCUCCAAGCCAAGCUCGCCCACAUCUCUUCAUCAGCCAAGGUCUCCUUCUUCUCUGCCCACUACCACAUCAUCAAAUUCUCAGCCCGUUGUGGCAGCUUCUUCUUCACAUCUUUCUCCACCUUCACAAACUGUGUUCCCACGGAGUUUGUAUGAAGGUGGAGAUCUCACGCUCCUCAACUACUGUCUCCAUCACAUUGUCAGUCGCAGGACCAGCUCCCCCACCCUCUCUGAUAGAGGUGUUAACCAUCCACUACACAACCAUGGGGAGGCUGGGGUUUGUUGUUCUUCAGUACGUGAGCAUAAAGACAAGAGCCAGAGCCUGGAUGCUCCAUUCUACUGUUCUCCAAAUGUGGUUAGGAACCUGCAGUUAUCAUCACAUCACAGCAAAGACAGAGCCGAUUCUCUGACAGUUCCUGCUCCAGCUACGCCAGCCACUGCUGCUAACCAGAGCAGACAGUGCUUUCCAGCUGCAGGCCCAACUCUACAGACACAGAACACAGCCCAUCCCAACCAGGAGCAGUACCAUCUCCAACCAGCUGCUAUCCUGCCAAAGUUUUCCUCACCAUAUGCAGUUAUUCAAACAGGGGGCCACAAGCCUUCCCCCGUCUCCCCAGCUCCUCUGCCAUCUGUCUACAGCAGCAGUGAAUCCACUAUGUCUAGCACCUAUUACUCACAUUCACCCCACCGUCCCUCUCUGCCUCUGAUUCCUCAUUCUGCCAUGCCAUCUAUGUCUACUCUUGGCACUCCUCAGACUCCUCUGUCCACACCUCAGCAUGUACCCAGUGUGGCAUUCCCCCUCCCAUUUUUUGCCAUGUCCGUGUCCUCAGCAGUGCCACAGCAGCAGGGCAGCCCCUCCACAUCUCAACCAAACCUAAGUUUCCAUUCCACCCAUCCCUUACCUCUCUCUCAGGUACAACCCACCCCAUACCCUGCCCCCAAUCCUGAGCACGGUCUGGCUGAGCAGCCUGUCCAGAUACAGUCACUCACUCCACAUGGCACUCUGGGAGACUUUCAGCAUUUGGGUGCGGUUCACUCAGUUUUGCCUACUGUUCAGACUUCUCUCUGGGGAAGGGGAACAGAUUCAGAAACUAGUGGAGCUGGCCUUGACUUAGCAGGAGCUUCUACAAUUUCAGCCCCAGUCCCAGCCCCAGCGUCAAUCCCAAUCCCAGCUAAAGUUGAUACUCAACCUCCAGCACAAAGUCUGGCUGUGGUGGGAGCACAAAACCAACUUCAAGUCCCAGUAUCAGCUCAGGCCGCAGCUAUGCCUCAAACCACAACCCUUCUUAAAUCCCCCACUUCAAUCCCAAUACAAGUUCCAACAGCAAUUCAAGCUGCAGUCUCAGCCCCAGCUCAACCACUAGUAUCAGCAUCAGGUCCCAUUUUGGAGCAAACAGAAGUCUCCUCUGUGAGCUCAGGCAUACUUUCAUCCAAACCCGAAAUGUCAGUCCCAGGCUUGGUUUCAGGCCCAAACACUGUCACCCUGCCAGCACCAGUUCAGUCUGCAGCUCCUGUUCCCGCUCCAGCUUCUGUCACAACUUCAGUCCCAGCUCCAGUUCUGCAGCCUCCUGGCACCCAGACAACAGUCUCAAUACCCGAGUGUUCCAGCCUGCCUGCAACUCAGCAAACUGCAGACAUGGCAUCUGCAUCCAGCACCCCUCAACAAGAGCCCUGUGCAGAGGAGGCGCUUCGGGAAAAACCAAUAUCUUUACCCAGUUAUGAAUUUGACAGUCUCAAGUCUGAUAUACCAUCUGGCAAGGAAACAAGUGAUGGCUAUGAAAGCUUUGCUAGUGUGGGAAAGGGAGAUGGGAAACCGAGGAAACAUCACCGCAAGUCUGCCCGCACACGUUCCAGGCAGGAAAAGACCAGCAAACCAAAGCUGAGCAUGCUCAAUGUUUGCAACACUGGUGAUAAAAUGGUCGAAUGCCAGCUGGAGACUCACAACCACAAAAUGGUGACAUUUAAAUUUGAUCUGGAUGGAGAUGCUCCCGAGGAAAUCGCAACUUACAUGGUAGAGAAUGGCUUCAUCUUGAUGUUAGAGAAGGAAAUCUUUAUUGACCAGCUGAAGGAUAUUGUGGAUAAAGCUGAAGACAUGCUGAAUGAAGACAUGGAGGGUGAAAGGGACACAGCUUUGAGUUGCAGUCCUUUACAAGUCCAGCCAUUUGAAGCGUUAGUAGGAGAGAGUCAGCAGCCUGGAGGAUCUCAACCAGUCUAUCAGCAAAAUGUUCUUCAUACAGGAAAGAGAUGGUUCAUAAUCUGCCCUGUAGAGGAGAUACCCACAUCCAGUCAGGAGACCCCCUCUGACGGGACAACUACGCAGUCACCUGGGAGCUCAGCCGCUACGCACCCUGCUGACAGCACCACUGCAAAGCCCUCCAGAGAAGAGGGUUCAUCUUCCACAAUGUCUGGGGGAAGUGGAGGCUUCUCUUAUGACGUGUACGGAUUCUGCAGUCCUCCAAUAAUGUCCAACACAGACCCGCUCCUCUUGGCCACCCUGUCACCUCCUGUGUCUGCACCCCCGACUCUCCAGUCAGUGCCAUCAGUGGAGCCAGCAGGCAGUUCAAUGCAACACAGCAUGCAAGCCCAGACAGCCAGAACACAAACAUCAUCCCCGCAUGCUGCUUUCCCUGUGGACGAUUCACAGGGAUCCCCUCUCGGCUCCAUCUCACCAAUCCAUGCAUCUCAGAAGUUGCCUGAUAUGACAUGCCCGGUUUCUAUUGCUGACGACGUGCCCUGCUGCCCUCUGGUCAUGCCCCUCUCUCUCGAUGUGAGCACUUCACAGGUUGGAUCUCCGCUUACUCUUCCGCUCCAGGAGCCAGGAUCAGUCAAAGAGGCACCGGCUGUCUCCUACGCCCCUGCAGCACGGAGCGAGCGACCGCAGCAGCCUGUGGUGCUGCAUCAGCCUUUUGCCACUGUUGGAGGGACCAAAGUGUCCUCACUACCACAGAGUCCAGCACCAUCCCAGCAUGGUGCAGGCCCCAGUGAGUCAGAUGGUGAAGGAAGACUGGGUCGUAGCGGCUUUGUGGACAGCACCAUUAAAACCCUGGAUGAGAAACUACGGAAUUUGCUCUACCAGGAGUAUGCUCCCAUGUAUCCAUCAGGCAGCGCUGCAGAGACACCAGGGUCUGGCACAGAGUACAUCCAGUCUCCUCCUGGUCCAGACAGCGCCACAGGAGGCUCAGGAAACAGCACCCCAGGGCCAAUAGGGGAGGGACGCUACAGAGGAGGAGAACAGCUGCCUCAAAUUCCAGAGAGAAUGGACAGUUUGAGCGCACUGAGUGAUUCAGCUGUGUGUGCGUCCCUGUCGAGAAGACACGUUCCUCACUCUGCUUCAUGCUCUGGAGCAAGAGGUCGAUUUAAGAUCACUCCUGUUCCCCCUGAAGUGGCCAACAGACGAGAUGUGAAGCAAAGGAGCUGGAGCAGCGCUGCCUCACCGGCGCACCCUGUGGGAUACAUUAGGGACCAUGGUCAGCUUGAUGCCAUGGCUACCUCCACCACAAUUGGCCGUUUCUCUGUGGUGAGCACUGAAGAUGACAUUACACAGAGGACACGUUGUAGCCGUUACUCUGCCCCGCCUGAUUUCUAUCUGGACACGCCUCCUUCUAAUGCCAAGCGGGGCUCUUUGCCUCGUGCAAUGACAUCCGUCCCUGUGGAUGUCACGGUCCACGCUCGCUUCCUCUCCUCAGAUUCAGGGGCAGAGAGCAGCCCUGCAAAGCUGACUCCUGCCACCCCGUCGCAACACUCCCGCACCGAGCGCAGAGGAAGUGACCUCAUGAAAAGGGCAGUGGCCUUUCUCCGUCGUUCUGGUCGCAGCAGCAGCGUGCAGAGCUCUGACUCACCGAGCAGGCAUGGAGGGGUGCACGGCUCUGCCUAUGGCAGCAGCGAUAAUGACUCCGAGAUGGAGGAUUCAGACAUAAAGAGAGAACUACAGAGACUCAGGGAGAAACAUCUGAAGGAAAUCUCUGAGCUGCAGGCCAAUCAGCGAGGGGAAGUGGAGCUCCUGUAUCGAAGACUUGGUAAAGUUCCUCCUCCUGGCCUGGGAGUUGCUGCACCACAUGCCAGCCGUAGAAAGAGGUCCAGCAAGCACAGGCUGAAGCCAGGCAAACUUCUCAGCCCUCUGGUUCAACAGUUUAGAAAUGUCACAACCAAAACUGGUGACUCUAGCAGAUCCAGUGCUGCUGCAGGUACGGGUGACAACACAGUUAGUUUAAAUGGGUCUCCAGCUAAAGGGUCUUUCCCCACUCACAGCAGGGCCCGGUCAUGCACCAGCCACCUUCCCAGCUCAACCUCGGAGCCCGUGCAGACUCAGCAGCCCUGCUCCCUUAAAGGCUCUUUAUCUUCUGAUAAUAUUUAUGCUGGACUACACGGAGAUGGAACUGGCACACAAGUGGCACCGGGGCAAGGCUGGUCUAAUUACCCUCAACCAUCUGAGAGAGUGACCUAUAAAUCGAGUAGCAAGCCACGAGCUAGAUUUCUCAGUGGGCCUGUGUCUUUAUCUAUCUGGGCGACGCUGAAGCGACUUUGUCUUGGUAAAGAGCGUGGUAACAGGUCUGGAGCUUCAGCAGGGGCUUCCAAUCAGUCACAGCAGCUGCCUGGGGGUGUCACACCUCCUCCACAUCAGCCGGUGAUAGGAUUGGCCCAAGCUCAAGCCAAUAACAGCAACAACAAAACAGGCACAUACAGUAGCACAUCUACGAGUGCCUAUGAUAGCAACCUGCCUGAAGACUUACAACGACUAAUGGAUGACUGGGCCCAGGAGGUUCUGAUUGUCACCCACCGGCCUCGCACUAACUCUUUGAGUAUCACUCGACCCCAGCUUUGGGAUCAGGAUCCACUUCAAACAAGUGAACAGCUUGCUAGGGCUUCAGAUUUAUUGCCAUGGACAGCUCCAGGACCAGAGGCCUGUAGUCUGCCACUGUCAUGGCCUGACGGCCCUGGGUCAACAAUGAUCGCCACCCCGCCGGCAGGGGCACAUCCCUCUUAUCAGCAUCACUCUCCUGCUCCAUUCAGGGCCUUGCCCUCACCUCUCUCUAUUAGCCAGUGGCCUGGGUUUUUCUUUCCCCUUCCUUCAGGAGUCUUUGCCUUUCCUGCUGUGGCCUCAGCUCAGGACACCCACAGCUCCAUUCCAGCACCAUCAUAUCAGCCAACUGAUCCCAAGGCGAGGACUCUCUAAUCUCUGUAGCAUUGUGUCUUCCAACUCCGUUACCAAAAAUAUAUCUCAUUAUAGUUCUAGUCAAUCUGUGCAUAAUAGUGUAAAUAUAUAUAACCAGCACGUAUGUAAUCAUAUGUACAUACUCAUCCUUAGUCUUUUUGUUAUUUGUUUCAUUUUGCGUCAACAUACCUCAUGUCCGUAUUACAAUGCAUAAUCCUUGAUUGCAGUCAACUUGUAAUUAGCUGAAUCGUGCAUUAAAGUGCAGAUUUCUUUUCAUUUUUUCUGUAUGUGCAUUGAAUGUACAUACUGUAUUUCUCAUUCAUAUUGUGUUUUCAGUUAAGCAGCUGAUGUUUGUGUUACUCAUCUCACUCAUAUAUAUAUAUAUAUAUAUAAGCUGCCGAGUGUAUAUAUGAAUUAUCGUCAGUCUGUAAAUAGCUCCUGUGUUUGUAUAGUUACCAUUAGAUAAUCUGUAGGUUGGUGCUGCAGUUAUGUGUCUUAAUGCAACACCUUAUUUGCCACCAUCAUGCCAUCACUGUGAAGACUUGACAUCCUGGUCACUAGGACCAGUCGCUUUACUCUGCUCUCUCAGUCCAAGGAUAGGUUUCAUUCUUCAUCGAUGAAAUGCUUCCAGCACAAGCGCUUGAAAUAUCCUUAAGAGAUUUGAAUGAACUUGAACUUUAUCUUCAGGUGGAAAAAAAAACACCUGUGAGAGUGCCUUGAAAUGCAGUUUCCGUUUUUUGAAGAAAAGCAUUUAGAUUCAAAGCAUACUCUAGAUAUUCUAUAUAUGCUUUCACCUUCACAGGUAAAUUAUGUGAUCUGAAUAAUGAAUGUGGAGUAAAACAUGUUUAAUUUAGCAACAAAACACAGCUAAACACUACAAUCCGGUGUUGCAGUACAUUAAAUAUCAGAGAUUGUAAAAAAAUAAAUUAAUAUCCAAAGCUGAAUUAGGUUAGCAUAUACUUGUGUAAGUUUCCUUGUUCACUGAAGUCAUGUUCUUGUGGGAUUGCUUUAGCACCUGCACAGCAGCCUGCAUGACCACACGGAUGUUCUCUGAAUCCCCACUGAGUGGUGUUCUGUGUUUAGAGUGGAUGUUGUUCAGAGAAAGCGAUUGAAAUCAUACAUAAGGAGGGCUGAAGGACUCAACACACGAGUCAAAAUCAUAAUCAUCCCAUACCUCUACUAAUGCAAUCUGUAGCUUUACAUAUUGUUGCCUUGUGGUUUUUAAGAGAUUACUGCGUGGAUGGUUGUUGUUUGAUAAAUGCUGUUAAUGUGAUAAUAUUAGGGGGGCACAUGACGAAUGUGAAUUACCGAAAAGCCACAACUGUUUGAUGUUUGAGUAAUAGGCAUAGGUUUUCAAAAUUGUAUUUAUUAGAUUCUGGCCUCACAAUGUCUUUUAGCUCAUGCUUAUACGUAUUAAGGCUAACAUGAUUCAAGGAUUUCCAAAAAAUAUAGUGCUUUCACUAUUUUAGUCAAAAACAAUACUUUAAUACAUCUCUUGCAUAAAUCAUUUACUCCCUUACAAGAGUUCUGGGGUUGCAUAUGUCAUUUUGUGUAUUUUUGAGUGCAAAUGGCACAGUCAUCUUAAGAAAGCACUUGCUUUUAUAAAUGUGGUCCCUUGUUUCCCCGUGUAAAACCACUCAGUCAGUAUGGCAAGCCAAGCAGUUCUGUAAAGGCACGAUAAACACUUUUGGGGAACCAAAACAGAAAUCUUCUAUAUUUGCAGAAUUACAGGACGCUAAAUUUCCCAUAAUACAACACACUAGCAUCUUUACAUCAUCAGGGUUGUUAUCUUUCAACCUUUAAAAAUAUUAUUUUCAAAUUCACAAAACACAUUACGCAGACUGAGUAUAACGCAUCAUAAACUGAACCUUAAAUGUAAAAUCAUUGGCAUGACCCUUUAAAAUAGUUUCACUUUUGCACAUUAAGAGAGUAAUUUAAAAUGGAUUAUUUGUCUGUAAGGCAGAUCUUUAAUAAUGACCGAGAUAUUUUUUUUAAUCUCCUAUGCAGCAGUUUUCUUUGUGCUUUCCACUGUAACUUCUGUCUUUAAAUCUAAUGCUUGCAAUGACAGCUAGAUGUAUGAUUGCUUUUGCCUGCUGUAUCACCUGUUUUCCCAGCACUUUCCUGACCUUGUCAGAUUGAUACCUUCUCAAAAAAAGCUGUACAUACUUGAAGACAUAAAUAAAUUCAUUUUUGCUUGACACCACACAAUAUUAGUCACAUACUGCUUUCAUCAGUAGUCACAAGCCAAAUUGUCUCUGGGUCUUUUACUCUUCACUCUAAUUUGCCAAAACAGUAUUGCUUAUUACAAAUGAAAAGACAGUUGUGCAAAUGCAGUUCUGGGAAAGUUAUCACUCUAUAUUUCACCAUACAGAGGCUAAAAUCUAUGUUAAAAUCCAUAUUUCACCACUGGUAUUUAUAUUUCACUGAUAAUAGGAGAUAUCUGAGGUGUGUACUUGUAGUUUUUGUGUAUCAGCAUCUUUCCGUCAGGCAUAAUACACUUGACACUGCAGUUUGAAGAUCAUCCUGACUCUGUGACUUUAGGGUUAUUUCAUGUCAUUCACAUGUAUGUGUGAUUGAAUUAAACAUGUUGUGGAUGCACAAAUCUAUUUGGACAUUCACACCUGCAGCAAUAGAUUAAUUUAGAAAUAUAAGAAUCUGAAGAUCAAAGUAAACUUCCAUCUGCAAGAAACUGAUGUAAGAUAUUGUAACAUCCUUCAAAGUGUGUUGUUAUAUAUUUACUUUACUCUUUCUCAAGAUCAGAGUCACGGGGAAAUGUGAGCUCCUUUUAAUGGUUAAGGUUUAUUAUUUAUUUUGGUGUUGUUUAGUGCUAGGUUAACAUAAAAUUGAUGCUGUCCCAUUAAGUAAAUUAUUCUUGUAACUUCACUUGUAAUACUGUAAUGUUUCAGACUUUCAGCUUUAAUUCAGUCAGCUGAACAAAAAGAUGGUGGAACUAAAGCAUUUUUUAAAAACACAAUCCCUUCAUUUUGCCCUUUUGGCUCAAAAGUAAUUGGACAAAUUAAAGAACUUAAAAUAAAAUGUUCAUUUCUAAUACUUGGUUAAAAACCCUUUGCUGGCAAUGACAGCCUGAAGUCCUCAACUCAUGGACAUCACCAGAUGCUGGGUUUCCUCCUUUUUAAUGCUCUGCCAGGCCUUCUUUCAGUUGCUGUUUGUUUGAGGGUCUUUCUCUCUAAUGUAUAGUCUUCAACAAGUGAAAUGCAUGCUCAGUUGGGUUAAGAUCAGGUGACUGACUCGGCCAUUCAAGAAAAUUCCUCUUCUUUGCUUUAAUAAACUCCUGGGUUGCUUCGGCUAUA